UGUUUUGGUAAGAACUUGUCAAGUAAUACUCCUCUUUAAUAUUCAUAGCUUUCUUACCAGUUCUUUUAGGAUUGUCAUAUGCACGGAAGCUAUCAGGGACAACGCUAAAAACUUCAUUGUUACUUACUGUGGUCCAAGCCUAAUUUGAUUGUCAAACUAAAGAAAAACUCAGAUGGGCAAUUGUUUAGGUUCUUCUGCACCAAGGAGCAAUCUAAGUCUUCCUACUGAAAGACCUGAAGAAGAAAUACUGUCUAGUCCUGGUUUGAAGGCCUUCUCCAUCUAUGAACUUAAGACUGCCAUCCAAUAUUUCGACAGUCUCACUGAAGAAGGCGGUUCUGAUUUAGUUUUCAAGGGGUGGAUUGAUGAGCAGACUCUCUCUCCUUCAACACCUGAAACAGGAAUGGUUGUUGCUUUCAAGAACCUUAAACCUGAAGGUUUCCAUGGUGACAAGGAGUACUGGUUGUCAGAGUUAAACUAUAUUGGGCAACUGCAUCAUCCUAAUCUGGUGAAACUGUUUGGAUACUGCCUUGAUGGCCAAGAUUGGUUUCUGGUGUACGAAUAUUUGGCCAAAGGAAGACUAGAAAACCACUUGUUCGGAGAUCAUGAGGGAAUUCAGCCACUGUCGUGGGAGACGAGGAUGAAAGUGGCUAUAGGUGCUGCUAAAGGACUCUGUUUUCUUCAUGAUGUUGAACCACAAGUGAUAUACCGUUAUUUAGAUGCAUCAAAUAUCUUGCUAGAUGAUGAUUUUAAUGUCAAGUUACAGGCUUAUGUUUCAACUCAAGUCAAUGACAUUCAAGGCUAUGCAACACAGGGUUAUGCAGAUACAGUUUUUGCACCAGGUUGCGUUUCAGCCAUGAGCGAUGUCUACAGCUACGGAAUUCUGUUACUUGUACUUCUAACUGGACGAAAACCACUUACAAAAUCGAUGAUUGGUGAUCAGCGUCUGCUCAACUGGGUAACGUUAUUUCGGAGAAAGUUAAUCCAAAUUAUGGAUACCAAAUUGGAACGCCAAUAUCCUGAAAAUGCGGCUAUCACAAUUGCUACAUUAGCUUUACAGUGUACUCAUUUUAACCCGAGUUUUAGGCCUAAAAUGUCAGAGGUCUUAGAAAAACUCCAGAAAGCAUUAACUCUCCUGUAAGAUCAUACAUUUAAAGCCGAAUAAUUCUCUUAAUAUUAUCAAAAGAUCUGGCAUACACACGACAUGACUUUUACCUAAUUU